AAAAAUCUAUUCCCCCAUCCACUGCACGUGCAGUUGCUGACACUGCUGCUGGCCUGCUGCUGUUGCCUGCUCUCUCUCUCUCUUUCUCUGCACAUACCAAAGCAGACAACGCAACAAUCCAAAGGAAAUAAUGUAGCCACCACUCUCUCUCUUUCUCCCUUCUCAGUUCUCGAGCGUGAGUAUGAGGGAAAGCGAACAAUGUAAAGAAAAAGGUUAGACCCGCAGCGCAAGAGCCUCAAGCCACAAUAAAUCAUCUCAUCCCCCCUUGUCAUUGUACCAGCUUGGUAUAUACAUCUUGCACCUCCGUUGUGUGCUUGGAGUCAACAACCUCAGACAGCGAAACCCUUCUCUCUCUCUCCUUCUCUUCCCCCCUCUCUCUCUCUCUGUGCAAUUGUGGCUUCAUCUCUUAAGAAUGCCAUACUCAGACUGGACUCAAUCUAAUCUCUCAUUUGAAAAUGAAGACCUGGGGCUGCUUCUCACACUUGGGCCUCCUGGCCAACCUUCCCCAAAGCCGGCCUUAAGCCGCUACGGCAACCACCACCACCACCAUCAAGUUUCAAGCGCACAGGACUAUUCCGGCGACAGUGAAGUCACCGUUGCGCUACAUGUUGCGCCGGUCAUCGCGGAUGCCGUCAGCAGCACCAGUGGAAGCAAGAGUACCAACAGCAAGACGCUGCUAGCCAAGGGGCAGUACUGGAUCCCUUCCCCUGCUGAGAUUCUGGUUGGCCAAACUCAGUUCUCUUGUCCCGUCUGCGGCAAGAUGUUCAAUCGCUAUAACAACAUGCAGAUGCACAUGUGGGGCCAUGGAUCUCAAUACAGGACUGGACCAGAGUCCUUGAGGUCAAUAAAGCCAGUGGAGGUUCUCAAGCUGCCCUGUUACUGCUGUGCACAAGGCUGCAAGAACAACAUUGACCACCCAAGAUCCAGGCCCUUGAAGGACUUCAGAACCCUACAGACACACUACAGACGCAAGCAUGGGGUCAAGUCCUACUCAUGCUGCAAAUGCGGGAAGGAGCUUGCAGUUCGUGGGGAUUGGAGAACACAUGAGAAGAACUGUGGGAAGCUUUGGUACUGCACAUGCGGAUCAGACUUCAAGCACAAGAGAUCUCUCAAGGACCAUGUCCGGGCUUUCGGUGCUGGUCACGCGCCCUGCGGAACACGGAUCGACGGCAACCCAAAUGGUGACGACGACGACGACGACGACGAUGCUCAAGGUCCCGGCGGUGGUGGUGGCGCUCUUGGUGGGGCUGACUCUUCUCGUUGCUACUCAUUGACUUCAUAAAUUGUAAACGAUGUGUCAUCGCAUUACAGUGGCUUUUGCUUGGGCGUCCACUAUUUGUUAAACAUGGUCGAUCGCCUGAGGAGCUUAACUUGGACAAGUUGUUGCAUUGGAAUGGCUCUCCCUCACAAGAAAGCCUGUCAGUGUCUCUAUCACAACUCACGAGUUAGGCAUGC